CCUCUCUCUACUAGGCGGUUGGCUUCAGCGAACGCAGCCUCCGCCGGCGACUUGGGAGCGGAGUCAUGGCUGAGGGAGACCCGAGCUCUUUCGCGGCGCCGGAUUCCUGCCGCGCCCACCACCUCCGCCUCCGCUGCCGGGUGGACUUCGAGGCCAAGGCGCUGCGGGGCACGGCGGCCCUCACCGUCAGGGCGGAGCAGGACCGCCUGAAAGCCCUGGUUUUGGAUACGAAGGAUCUAACAAUACACAACGUGCUUGUCGAUAGGCAGGAGGCACAAUUUGCUCUUGGACAACGCCAUUCCUUCAAAGGAGCACCUCUAGAAAUCACUCUGCCUUUUGAGCUGGGAAAAGGACAAGAUGUCAUCAUAGAGAUUUCUUUUGAAACUUCUCCGAGAUCAUCAGCACUUCAGUGGUUCACUCCAGAGCAAACAUCAGGGAAAAGGCAUCCAUUCCUUUUUAGUCAGUGUCAGGCCACCCACUGCAGAGCUGUUCUUCCUUGCCAAGACACUCCUUCUGUGAAGUUAACAUAUUAUGCAGAGAUAUCUGUUCCAAAUGAACUUGUGGCUCUUAUGAGUGCUAAGAGAGAUGGAGACUUACCUGAUCCAGAAGACAGUACUAGGAAGAUAUACCGUUUCAUUCAAAAUGUUCCAAUACCCUGUUAUUUGAUUGCUCUGGUUGUUGGUGCAUUGGAAAGCAGAGAGAUUGGACCCAGAACUUUGGUAUGGGCUGAAAAGGAGCUAGUGGACAAAUCAGCUUAUGAAUUUGCAGAGACUGAAGCCAUGUUGAAAACAGCAGAAGACUUGGCUGGGCCUUAUGUGUGGGGUCAGUAUGACUUGCUUGUUUUGCCACCAUCAUUUCCAUAUGGCGGAAUGGAGAAUCCCUGUCUCACUUUUGUGACUCCAACAUUGCUGGCUGGUGACAGAUCAUUAUCCAAUGUUAUUGCACAUGAAAUUUCUCACAGCUGGACAGGGAAUCUGGUAACAAAUAAAACUUGGGAACAUUUUUGGCUAAAUGAGGGGCACACAGUUUACCUGGAACGCAGGAUUGGUGGCCGUCUCUUUGGUGAGCAGUUCAGGCAUUUUCAGGCUCUGGGAGGCUGGAGAGAAUUACAAAAUACAAUAAAUACCCUUGGAAACACAAACCCCGUAACUAACCUGAUUCCUAGUCUGAAGGAAGUAGACCCUGACGUUGCUUAUUCAUCUGUUCCUUAUGAGAAAGGCUUCGCUUUACUACUUUACCUUGAACAGCUUCUUGGUGGACCAGAUGUGUUCAUUGGCUUCUUGAGGAGAUAUAUACAACAGUUUGCAUACAAGAGCAUAACAACAGAGGACUGGAAGAACUUCCUGUAUUCCUAUUUUAAGGACAAGGUUGAUCUCCUAAACAAAGUUGAUUGGAAUGCAUGGAUGAACACUCCUGGCAUGCCCCCUGUAAAACCAACGUAUGAUAUGACACUGUCAGAUGCUUGUGUUUCUUUGAGCCAAAGGUGGAUCAAAGCCACUGAAAGUGAUCUGUCCUCCUUCAGUUCGGCUGAUAUAAAAGAGUUGUCUUCCCACCAGCUUAUUGAAUUCCUUGCACUGUUGUUGUUAGAGAAUCCUCUUCCAGUGAGCCAUCUAAGACGAAUGCAGGAGGUUUAUGACUUUAAUGCUGUGAACAAUUCAGAAAUUAGAUUCAGAUGGCUUCGGGUCUGCAUUCAAGCCACAUGGGAAGAUGCCAUUCCUCUUGCUCUAAAGAUGGCUACAGAACAAGGCAGAAUGAAGUUUACUCGUCCAUUGUUUAAGGAUCUCUAUAAAUUUGAAAAAUCUCGUGAUCAAGCCAUCAGUGCUUUCCAGCAACACAAAACAUCUAUGCAUCCCGUGACUGCAAUGCUGGUAGCCAAAGACCUGGGACUAGAUGGACAAACAGCCUAAACUUUGCAUAAGAGAACAGCUUCACUUAUUUCUUUUCCUCAUCUAACAAGAUAAUAAUAAUAACAAUAGCAACAAUUGUCACAAUCAUGGUAACUUGCAUUUUUUUAUUAUUAAUCUAUAUUUCUUUUCUGAACCUGAAACAAUAAGGCUUUUAUAAGAUUUUCAUGCUGAUUUUUUGACAUUUCAAUCUUGUGCCCCAGCUACCAGACUGGAAGAAAAAUUCUUGAAAUAUAUUUUAAUACAUUGCUUGGCACUGUACCACAGAAAGGAUUGGCAAUGUUUGGCUAUCUGUGCUGCUUUAUUUGAAGAAAUAAACCUUUUUAUGACAAA